AUGCCCGAGGAGGCCGCCCGGCAGACUCGCGUGUUCAUGUCGACAGCUACCAGCUACAUCUGGGGCUCUCACGCCCAAUCUGUUCAAAGCUCCCUUGCCCUCCUGGCCAACACGCUGGUGAAGUACCAGCCUGUGGUGAUCUAUGUCAGCCCAGGUGAUGUGACAUUCAUGCGAAGCGAGCUGAGCAGCGAGGUGCAGAUUGUCGAGUUUCAAGUGGACGACCUGUGGAUGCGGGACACGAGCUGCAUCUUUGCAUACAGCUGCAAGAACUACACCGACUGUGUUAGCACAUAUGGGCAGCCGGUGAACCAUGCAUGGCCAAAUGCCCCAUUGUCCUGUGUGGACUUCAACUUCAAUGGCUGGGGGAACAAGCAAGAGCACACAAACGACGCCAAGGUUGCCGCCAAUGUCGCGAGCUUCUCAGGGGCCACGUAUGUGCGGUCCAGCUUGGUGAUGGAGGGUGGUUCCGUGGAGGUGGAUGGCGAGGGCACGGCUAUCAUCACUCGGAGCUCCGUGCUCAAUCCCAACCGCAACCCGGGGUGGACGGAGGCUCAGGUGGAGGAUGAGCUUUACACCACGCUGGGCAUCGAGAAAGUCAUCUGGACGGAUGGGAUCAUGGGCAUGGACAUCACGGAUGCCCACAUCGACUUUUACGCCCGUUUCGCUUCCCCCGGCGUUGUGGUUGCUGCCAGAGAGAACGACCCUUCCCUCGACGAUUACACCGUGACCCGCCAAGUGAUCGCUGAUCUGCAGGGUGCCACGGAUGCUCACGGCCGCCAGCUCACUGUCCACAUCUUGGACAACCCCGUGGGCAAUGGCGUGGUGGUGGCGCAGAACUUUGGGGACAGCUUCACGGACGCAGCGGCGCUGGCCAAGCUGCGCGAGCUCUACCCAGGGAGGACUGUGGAGAGCCUGAACAUGGAUCCCCUUGCCUUCGGGGGCGGUGGGGUCCACUGCGCCACGCAGCAGCAGCCUGUGGGGACCACCUCCAGCUCCUUACCGAAACGGUCUGGUGUGGGCAUCAUGGCGGCCUCCAGCCUACCGGGCCGAAUCAACAUCACGGUGAGCACCGCGUCUGGGGAGACUUGCACCAUUGCGGCCCUGGCCUCGGGUCGCGUGGAUCAGCUGCACGGCGCCAUCGAGCGCGUGCUGCGGAUCCCCCCCUGCGUGCAGAAUCUGAUCAUCGCGUGUGACGGUGGGGCGCGGGAGAUACGGAGCCAGGACCUCUUGUCCAGUUUGCCCUUGCAGAGCUGCCAGCACCACAUCACCGUCUUCAACAGCUGGCCGCAGGAUCCCGCUCAGAUUGUGGAGAAGCUCAAGGCCGCCUCUCGUGCUCCGACGCGGAACACUGCAGCGGCGGUGGCGCGCUGCUUGACAUUCGAGGACAGCGCCGUGCAGGCGGCUGCUCUUCAGGCCUUGUCAUGGAUGGGAAAAGCUGCCAAGCCGCACGCGCCUGAAAUUGCCGAGCUGCUGAAACUGGAUCCGGCUUCGGCGGAUGCCGCAACCAUGGGUCGCUUGAGGGCUCCACGCGGCGCGGGCGUCGCUGCUGCAGAGUCCUUGUCCUGGUUGGAGGAGGCUGGCUCAAGAUAUGCCGCCGACAUUCUCAGGUACGGAUGGUAUUGGACUUCCUCCAAAUCCAGGCAUGCCUUCGUGGAGAUGUGUGAGUCGGAUUCGUCAGCAACUCGACUUGCGGCAACGACGUCCUUGAUUGCCAUGCUGGAGCAGGAAGGGAUCGCAGCUGCUGGGCGUGCGCAACGGCGUCGUGAAGUUGCUCUGCCCUAUAUCUGCCGCGCCGUUUUCGACGAGUGUGAUGAGAUUCACAGGGCAUCAGCAGCAUGCCUGAUGCAAUGUGUCCCAUCCUUUGCCGGUGAGAAUGACCUUUUCAUGCUGGGGGAUGCGAUUCUGGUGCAGUUGCUCUGGUUCGGAGAGGCUCACCGAGGUGAGUCAAUUCCUGACGGUGUCUCGGCGGUUUGUCGGGACCUCGCCACAAAGCUGGACGGCUUUUGGCCGCAGUUUGCUGGGUGGCAGGAGGGACUCCACGACGAGGAGGAGGAGUCCGUGGAAGCUGCAACGCAGGUUGCUGUAUCCACCGUCCACUACCUCCGGCGCAGGUUUCAGCAGUGGGCGGCCGAGACCCGAGCAACCUUCAAUGAAACUCCGGACAUGAGCCUGGAUCUCAUUGAAAGCCUGGAGGCAGGCCUGCUGAGUCGGCGAUGGCAGGUGCGGAAGGCAGUUGUGGAGAGCCUCAUCGCCAUCGCACCCUGGGGUGCCCACGCAGUGCUCGGCGUGUUGAGGGUGAAGGAGAAGGAGAAGCGGCGAGAGGUGCUAGACUCGAUGUCGCGCUUCCUCUCGAAGUACCAAGCUACGGUGCUCGACCACUCGACGGUGCGUCAGUGCUUCCUUCCCUUGGUCUUUGAUUCAGAUUACUCCUCUGACGACGAUCUUCGCAGACAGGAGUACUUGGAAGAAGAGCAAGACGGGCAGAUGCGUGACAAACAUGGCGGCUAUCUCAAGUCGCACGUGAGUCGCACUGCCCGGCACCACAAGCAGCAUGGUGCCAACUCCUCACAGGCCCCUUCCUGGGUGGCGCGCAAGAAGAAGUGGGAAAGGCGGGAGAGGCGCUCGCAGCCGUCGGCGCCACAAGCCUAUUCCGACACCAAGAAGAAAAGCCAACGAGACAAGGAGCAGGAUCGCCAGCUCAAGGCCGCCAUCCUCGGCCGUGAGCUUCUGAACCUCUCCAUGAAUUGGAGCUUAGAGCCAGCGGAGGGUUGA